AGCAAGCUUGCUGGUCGUGGCAACGCCAGCGACCAGCACGUAAGGGUUUAGAACUGUUUGUACAGAGAAGUUGGAUAUCUGGUUUCAUUAACACAGCAGGGAUAAGGACUGGAACUCUAGCUACAUCUCUUUAUUAGACUUGGUCACAUAUUUAGGGCUGUGAUUAUCGCUAACGUUUAGUACAGAAAAGUUUUACCUGCGCUCACCUGUUGUUUUACCCGCACGUAGCGUGUCAGGAGACCAGUAUGGGACCAUGGAUUGUGCUUGUUAUUGUGGCAUCCGCAGUCUUUUCUAGAGGAGCCGAGGGGAAGAGAGACGAAGUGCUUUAUUGUUCAGCUUGCAUGGCGAUUGCAGAUGAGCUCAACUACUCCAUUAGCAAGAUUGAUCCAAAGAAGACCGUCCAUGUUGGAGGGUUCAGGCUUAACCCUGACGGUACUCUGACUGAUAAAAAGGUUCCACUGGCUAGGUCAGAGACACACCUAUCUGAACUGUUGGAAAGAGUUUGUGAGAGUAUGAGUGACUAUGCGCUCUAUGAGGACCCAGACACCACAGAAAAGCGCUACAGGAGGUUUGCCCCAAGAAACAAUGAUGGCGGCAAUUUUCCAGAUUUUAAACAUUUUAAAUUUGAAGGACCAGAGGGUUCCAACUCCUUGAAAUUUGCAUGUGAGACCAUCGUGGAGGAGCUGGAGGAUGAUAUUGUCUCUCUGUUCACCCACGCAGACACCCAUGUGGCACAGAAGUUGUGCAGUGAAUUGUCAGGUCACUGUAAAAGCUCAGCAUUUCAGCACAGUGAGCUAUAAGUUCACAUUCCCAUCUCCGGCAGAACACCCAGACACAGACUCAGAACACGAAUGGUAACUGUGGAUCAGACAAGUGCCAGAAUUCAGGGGGGAAAGCAAAUAAAACUUUUCAAUAAAUAUAAAUUUAUAUUUAUAUAAGCAUCGAUCAUUCUGAUUGUAAUAGUAUUCUGAAUUUCGAUAAUAAACUGUUUAAAUGGUC